AUGACGAGCACUGAGAAGGGUGUCCAUAAUCUCACCACCAAAGCAGACUUCGACGCCGCCCUCUCCGAGCCCUCACUCAUGAUCCUCGACUGCAUGGCGACCUGGUGCGGCCCGUGCAAAGUGAUCGCGCCCGAGAUCGUCAAGAUGUCCAACCGGUACCCGGCCGCGCGCUUUUACAAGCUCGACGUCGACGAGCUGCCCGACGUGGCGCAGGAGCUGGGCGUGCGCGCCAUGCCGACCUUCAUCGUGUUCCGGGGCGGAGAGAAGGUGGGCGAGGUGGUCGGGGCGAACCAGAAGGGGUUGGAGGCGUUGGUGGAGAAGGAGGUUAAGGCUGCUGCUUGA